GUACAUUCAUCGUCUAUGUUGAUACAGUUGUAGUGAUUAAUAUAAAUUUCGCCAGGAUCGAAAGUUGUUUGUAGCUUUCCAGUAAAGAUACAAAAUCGUUUGGAAGGGUGUUAAUGGCAAGAUGAAGUGGAUGCUUAUAACAGUUUUGGGGAUAUUGCCCUUCAGUCCGACACAGGCAGAACCACCGCCGCCACCACCAACACUGACAUUACCGCUGCGUACAACACCACCAACACCAGCACCUCGGAUAAAACCGACGUAUUUCGUUGUGACUCCAAAAGUGUUUAGACGUGGAAUAGACCUUGAGAUAGGAGUAUGUAUUCUCUAUGGCCUUGGACCAGUGACGGUGACUGCAAAGGUUACCAAAAAAGGACAAACAUAUGUGGGAACUGCGACUAUAGCACCUGGAACCUCAGCUGUUAUCGCUAUACCUAUUCUUACCAGUGCAGAUGAAGGUGUCUACACAUUGACGGUAUCGGGUUCAGGAGGUUUACGCUUCAAAGACUCCACAACAUUGACCCUUGACCCCCAUAGUGUCUCGGUUUUCAUUCAAACUGACAAGGCUAUCUAUAAACCUGGACAAGAAGUUAAGUUCCGAGUGUUAGUUAUUAAGCCAGACUGCAUUCCUCUUGAUGAACCCUUGGACAUAUUCAUCUCGGAUAAGAAUAACAACAAGAUAAAACAAUGGUUGAAUCAGAAGGAAACAUCUGGGGUCAUCUCAAAGUCUCUACAGUUAUCAGACCAACCACCACUGGGAGACUGGAAGAUCACCGUGACAGUUUUGGGAGAGAAAACAACCAAGAUUUUUACAGUAG